GGCGCUCCUUUCUGGUUGUGAGGUGCUCGGUGGAGCUUGCAGCUGUGUUGUGUAUCUGUGCAGAUUUCAUUUUUCUGAAAUCGCAGAGGAUUCACUGUCUGCCUGGAAACGAAAUAAUACAGACAAUGGCCUUAAACUUCACCAUCAACAGAAACAGUCUACCUCUCGGGGCGCUGUUGACGGCAGAGCACAUGAAGGAGACUGUGCAGCUGGUGGUGGAGGAAGGAAAAGAUACCAGACUUCGUGUCUCAGAUGCAGUCCAGUUCAGUGAUACCAACUCCAUCAGUCGCUACUUGGCCCGGGUUGCCCCUGCCCUUGGCCUCUAUGGAUCCAACAUGAUGGAGCAGACGGAGGUGGAUCACUGGCUGGAGUUCAGUAUGCGCCGUCUGUGUGCUCAGCCUGCUUUGGCUGUGGCUCUGGGUGAACUGGACAAGGCUCUGUCCCUGAGAACCUUCCUGGUUGGACACACCCUCACCCUGGCUGAUCUCUCUGUCUGGGCUGCUCUUAGAGGUCACAGUGAAUGGUCUGGACAGGACAAAUCCUUCUCCCAUGUCAAUCGCUGGUUUUCGUUGCUGAGCUCACAGGUUCCCUUCACUUCUGUGGGCAGCAAGUACACCAGCAGCAAAGCUCCACCAUGCAAGUCCAAUUCUGAGGAGAAGGAGAAGAAGCAAGACGUUGGAAAGUUUGUGGAUUUGCCAGGAGCUGAAAUGGGCAAGGUGGUAGUGCGAUUCCCUCCUGAGGCCAGUGGCUACCUUCAUAUCGGCCAUGCGAAAGCAGCUCUGCUCAACCAAUACUACCAGCUUACAUUCAAAGGCAAACUCAUCAUGCGCUUUGAUGACACUAAUCCUGAGAAGGAGAAGGAGGAUUUUGAGAAGGUCAUUCUGGAAGAUGUUGCCAUGCUCCAUAUCCAUCCAGACCAGUUUUCUUACACCAGCGACCACUUUCCUGCAAUCAUGCGCUUUGCAGAGCAACUGCUCGCUGAGGGCAAAGCUUACACCGAUGACACUCCACCGGAGCAGAUGAAGCAGGAGAGGGAGCAGCGCACAGAGUCUAAAUGCCGGAACAAUACUGUGGAGCAGAACAUGAAGAUGUGGUUGGAGAUGAAAGCAGGCACAGAAUACGGUCAGACCUGCUGUUUGAGGGCCAAGAUUGACAUGAACUCCAACAACGGCUGCAUGAGAGACCCCACCCUUUACCGCUGCAAGAACACACCCCAUCCUCAAACUGGAAACACCUACAAGGUGUACCCAACGUAUGACUUUGCCUGCCCCAUUGUGGACAGUCUGGAGGGUGUUACUCAUGCCCUCCGUACCACUGAGUACCAUGAUCGUGAUGAGCAGUUCUACUGGAUAAUUGAUGCCCUGCGCCUCAGGAAGCCUUACAUCUGGGAGUAUGCGCGACUCAACCUCAACAACACUGUGCUUUCCAAGAGGAAGCUGACCUGGUUUGUUGACCAGGGAUUUGUUGAUGGAUGGGAUGAUCCUCGCUUCCCCACUGUCAGAGGAGUCCUGAGGAGAGGAAUGACUGUGGAGGGUCUGAAACAAUUCAUAGCAGCUCAGGGGGGAUCGAGAUCAGUGGUCAACAUGGAGUGGGACAAGAUCUGGGCCUUCAAUAAAAAGCUGCCAAUUAGCUGUCUGAAGGUUAUUGACCCAGUAGCUCCCAGAUACACAGCUCUGUCCAGGUCCUAUGUGGUUCCUGUUUCCAUCCCAGAAGCUGUAGAGGAGAUGAAGGAAGCAGCCAAACACCCAAAGAAUGCUGAGGUGGGGAUGAAGGAGGUUUGGUAUGGUCCUCAAGUUCUGAUUGAAGGUGCAGAUGCUGAGACUUUGUCAGAGGGAGAGAUGGUUACCUUCAUCAACUGGGGCAACAUCAUCAUCACCAAAAUCAACAAAAGUCCAGAUAAUAAGGUUGCAUCCAUUGAGGCUCGUCUUAACUUGGAGAACAAGGACUACAAGAAAACUGCAAAGCUCACUUGGCUGGCUGACACAUCCAGCGCCCCUCUGUCGCCUGUCAUCUGCAUCAACUACCAACCACUCAUCUCCAAAGCAGUCAUCACCAAAGAUGAUGACUUCAAAGAGUACAUUAAUAAAAACAGCAAGUUAGAGGAGAAAAUGUUAGGAGAUCCAUGUUUAAAGAACCUGAAAAAAGGUGAUAUCAUCCAGCUCCAGAGGCGGGGCUUCUACAUCUGUGACCAACCUUAUGAGCCAAUCAGUCCUAACAGCUGUAAGGAGAGUCCUUGUGUUCUGCUUUACAUUCCGGAUGGACACACCAAGGAGAUGCCAACAUCUGGAUCCAAGGAAAAAAGCAAGAGCCAGGGUCCCAGCUCUACAAUGGAUAUCGUCUUUCAGCCUGACCUUCCUGCCAAGAAUACCUUAACCUCAGCCUUGAAAACUACCUCAUCCCCACCUGGAGAGCUGUUCUCAAGUAUUGCAGCUCAAGGUGAAGCUGUUCGCCAGCUAAAAGCUGCCAAAGCUCCAAAAGAUGAAGUGGACAAGGCAGUUGAGCUGCUGCUUUCUUCAAAGGCUCAGUUCAAGCAGCAAACAGGUUUGGACUACAAGCCAGGCAUGACUCCACCUACCUCUGGACCAGCUGCACCCAUCUUGUUGUCAGGCUCUGAAUCGUGCCCAUAUACCCUUGUUGUCCAACAGGGGGAGCUAGUGAGGAAACUGAAGUUAGACCAGGCACCCAAGGACCAGAUUGAUGUAGCUGUGAAGCAGCUCCUCACUCUGAAGGCAGAGUUUAAAAAGCUGACCGGUCAAGAUUACAAACCAGGGAUGGCCCCACCUGUCCCCACCUCCUCUGCGCCUUCUUCUGCACCUCCUUCCUCUUCUUUCUCCUCCUGCCCUGUCGGACUUUACCAGCGAGUCGCACAACAUGGGGAGGUUGUGAGGAAGCUGAAGUCUGAAAAAGCACCAAAGGACCAAGUCGAUGCUGCCGUCAAGCAACUUUUGGAACUGAAGGCAGAGUACAAACAGCAGACCGGAGAGGACUACAAACCAGCACAACAAGCCCCACCUAGCCCUGCUCAGACCCAAUCCAGCUCCUCCUCACAGACCCAGGACCUGUUCUCAAAAGUUGCUCAGCAAGGGGAGACCGUGAGGAAGUUAAAAUCUGAGAAAGCUCCCAAGGAUCAGGUAGAUGAAGCUGUGAAGCUUCUGUUGGACCUGAAGAACCAGUACAAGACCCUAACUGGAGAGGAUUACAAACCCAUCUCUGCAGCUGGAGCCGCUGCAGGGGAGUACAAAAACCGCAAAGAGAGAGAAAACAAAUCCGAGAAACAGGGAGGAGGAGGAGGAGGGAAGAAAGCCAAAGGAGACAAAGCCAGUCAUUACAAGGAGGUCCCAGGAGGAGCAGGAGGUGCAGGAGAUGGUCAAGGACCCAAAAAACAAACACGGUUGGGUCUUGAGGCUAAGAAAGAAGAAAACUUGGCUGAUUGGUACUCACAGGUCAUCACUAAAUCAGAAAUGAUUGAGUACUACGACGUCAGCGGCUGUUACGUGCUGCGACCGUGGGCCUUUGCCAUCUGGGAGAGCAUUAAGGAUUUCUUUGACCGGGAAAUUAAGAAGCUGGGUGUGGAAAACUGCUACUUCCCCAUGUUUGUCUCCCAGGCUGCCCUGGAGAAAGAAAAGUCCCACAUUGCGGACUUUGCUCCAGAGGUGGCCUGGGUAACACGUUCAGGGAAGACCGAGCUGGCAGAGCCCAUUGCAGUCAGACCCACCAGUGAAACCGUGAUGUACCCAGCCUAUGCUAAAUGGGUCCAAUCCCACAGAGACCUGCCAAUCAAACUUAACCAGUGGUGCAACGUUGUGAGGUGGGAGUUCAAACACCCACAGCCCUUCCUCAGGACGAGGGAGUUCCUGUGGCAGGAGGGACAUACAGCCUUUGCCACCAAAGAGGAGGCGGCUGAGGAGGUGCUGCAGAUCCUGGAUUUGUAUGCCAGGGUGUAUGAAGAGCUGAUGGCGAUCCCUGUGGUAAAGGGUAAAAAAACCGAAAAGGAGAAGUUUGCAGGAGGAGACUACACCACCACUGUGGAGGUUUAUAUCUCUGCCAGCGGGCGAGCCAUCCAGGGUGCUACAUCCCACCACCUUGGUCAGAAUUUCUCCAAAAUGUUUGAGAUUAUGUUUGAAGAUCCGAAGAACCCGGGCCAGAAACAGCUGGUCUAUCAGAACUCAUGGGGAAUCACAACCAGGACCAUUGGCGUCCUGACCAUGGUCCAUGGAGACAACAUGGGACUCGUGCUGCCACCCAGGGUGGCCUGCCUGCAGGUUGUCAUUAUUCCAUGUGGAAUCACAGCGUCUCUGAAAGAGGAGGACAAGGAGGCGCUGUUGGCGCAGUGCUCUAAAUACUUGAGGCGUCUCCAGGAUGCCGGCAUCAGGGUGAAGAGUGACCUCCGGGACAACUACUCACCAGGAUGGAAGUUCAACCACUGGGAGCUGAAGGGGGUUCCUGUCCGUCUGGAACUUGGUCCUAAGGACAUGCAGCAACAACAGUGUGUUGCGGUGAGGAGAGACUCUGGGGAAAAGGUCACCAUUCCUGAGGCUGAGGUGGAGAAGCGGCUGGCCGCUAUGCUGGAAGACAUCCAAAACGGCCUUUACAACAAAGCUUUGGCUGACCUUACGAGUCACAUGGUGGCUGCGGACACAUUGGAGCAGUUCCAGAAGGAGUUGGAUGAUGGAAAGAUUGUCCAGAUCCCAUUCUGUGGAGAAAUUGAGUGUGAGGACUGGAUCAAGAAAACCACUGCCAAGGACCAGGACCUGGAGCCUGGAGCUCCAUCUAUGGGGGCAAAGAGCCUGUGUGUCCCCUUUAAACCCCUGAGAGCACUGCAGCCUGGUCAGAUGUGUGUAAGCGGCAAAGAGCCUGCUCAGUUUUACACCCUGUUCGGACGCAGUUACUGAAGUCCUGCAGCACGAACGUUCCAGUCUGAAAGAACUCUUCUGUACUUUGUAUCUCCUCUGGGGUCUUGUGGGUUGAUGGCCAUAUAGACGUGAAUCAGCGACGGUGUUUAGACUGGGAACUUUUUUUAACGCGUUACAACACUUUGAACGGUAAAUAAAAAUGGGCAGAAAACUUUUCUGUUGCAAUCUGAGAAGCAGCAGUUCUCUUGGUUACUAAGAUCAGGAGUUUCUAAUCUCGAAAUUAGAAACUCUCAAAAGAUGGUUGUUUGGGAAUUCUCAUCAGGGGCCUGACCUAGUGUAGAAAACGUUUCAAGUCUGAAGGUUUAGAUAACAAACGUGUCAGCUGGAUUGUGUUAAUGACUGUAGUCAGGAUAUUUUCUUUAACACCAUACAUGAUUCUGAUGUCAAAACAGAAAAUCUCGUCUUUCUUGGAUGUAUAACUUCAGUGCAUGUGCAAGAAAGGAUUUUGAUCACGUGUGGGUGUUACAGUCUGAAAUGUUUGCCCUGGAAAGGAGAGGCAAUGCUGAAGUGUUUCAAAUUCAGAAUUUACUGUUGGUGGUCAUCAUACAAGCAGCAGUGAGCACCAGACUUCUGCUUUAGAAAUGAAACAAAAUGACAAACAAGCUUAUUUCAAGCUACAUAUAACUUCAAAACCACACAUAUGUGGACAGUUGCACAAAUUAUUUCCUUUGAAGGGCCAUAAAUUAAUCUGAAUGGAGCCACCAGCCAAAAGUAAAAGCUGAUGUGUGAAUUACAUGUGUACAUUUAAAUGUAUUCAUAGUAAUACUUUAUUUCAGACUCACAAAUGGUCCCAUU